GGAUGUCCAGGUUGAUAGGUGCCGCGAGCACCUGCGGGGUUUGUCCCAUUUACAUGUCGACCCCAGAGUCCUAGCCUAUGUUCGUGCUGCUGGUUUUUUUACACUGCACAGAUUAGUGGCUACUGUGCCUCUUGAUAGAUCCCUUCUCACUGCUCUACUUGAGCGUUGGAGGCAGGAGACACACUCAUUUCACCUCCCUGUUGGUGAGGUGACUGUGACAUUGGGAGAUGUGGCUGUACUCACCGGGUUAGAGGUUCAUGGGAGAGCUGUUACAGGCACUGCUUGUCGACAGUGGGUUGAUGAGUGUGAGCGGUUGUUAGGUAUCCGCCCCGUUCUUAGGACUGACCUUCAGGGGUCAUCUCUUAGGAUGCCGUGGUUGAGGGAGCACUUCCAGGUCCUUCCUCCCGACGCUGAUGAGGUGAUCAUCCAGCAGCAUGCUCGGGCGUAUAUAUUGAUGAUGAUGGGAGCCUCCAUUUUCGCUGACAAGAGCGGAAAUGAGGUUCAGGUGCUACACUUGCCUUUGCUGGAGAGGUUUGAUGUAGCAGCACAGUUCAGCUGGGGUAGUGCCACCCUGGCUUAUCUAUACAGGCAGCUGUGUCGCGGCUGCCAGAGAGGGAGCACAGAGCUGGGGGGAUUUUUGCUACUCCUCCAGAUUUGGUCAUGGGAGUAUAUCCACAUUGGCCGUCCCAUUAUAGUCGGAUAUCAUGGCAUUGAUGGACAGCCACUGCCUGAUGAGCCUCCACGUCUGCUAGGACCACAUCAUGUACGGGGCGAGGACCCUCUAGGCCGUCGGUGGCUAUAUGCUGGUCUAUCUCGCAUGUCAUCCGCUACUGGGCUCGGUGUCUACAGGGCUGCAUUGGAUCGGAUGUCUGAGGACCAGAUCACAUGGAUGCCGUUUAGACCUGAUAUGUUAGCAGAGUUGCCCCCAGCUGGACGAGAGCAUACUCACAUCUGGCGAGCACGUGUCCCGUUGAUAUGUUUUGACAUUGUUGAGCUGCAUUUGCCUGAUAG